GACUGGUGCGCUUAACCGCGUGGUCUGCGGAGGAAAUAAGGAUGCUGAUGUGAGUGAUAAAACUAGUAGUCAUACAGAGAAGGAGCAGGCCCUGCAGGAGUCAUUAAAUCAAAACUUCAUGCUGAUUGUCACCCAUCGAGAAGUCCAGCGGGAGUACAACCUCAACUUCUCAGGAAGCAGUACCAUUCAGGAGGUAAAGCGGAAUGUGUAUGACCUAACUAGUAUCCCAGUCCGUCACCAGUUAUGGGAAGGCUGGCCUCCUUCGGCCACAGACGACUCAAUGACUCUAGCUGUUUCGGGACUGACGUUUCCUUGCCAUCGACUUACAGUUGGAAGAAGGUCUUCACCUGUACAAACAAGGGAACAGUCAGAGGAGCAGUGCACUGAUGUUCAUAUGGUUAGUGACAGUGAUGGAGAUGACUUUGAAGAUGCAACAGAGUUUGGAGUUGAUGAUGGAGAAAUGUUUGGAGUAGCGUCAUCUGCCUUGAGGAAAUCACCAAUGAUGCCAGAAAAUGCUGAAAAUGAAGGAGAUGCCUUAUUACAAUUUACAGCUGAGUUUUCUUCAAGGUACGGUGACUGCCAUCCGGUUUAUUUUAUCGGAUCGUUAGAGGCUGCUUUUCAAGAAGCCUUCUAUGGGAAAGCUAGAGAUAGAAAGCUUCUUGCUAUCUACCUCCACCAUGAUGAGAGUGUACUAACCAAUGUCUUCUGCUCCCAAAUGCUUUGUGCUGAGUCUAUUGUCUCCUAUCUGAGUCAGAACUUCAUAACCUGGGCAUGGGACAUGACAAAAGAAGCAAACAGAGCAAGGUUUCUGACCAUGUGCACUAGACACUUCGGGAGCGUUGUGGCCCAGACAAUUCGAACUCAGAAGACAGACCAGUUUCCACUUUUCCUUAUUAUUAUGGGAAAGCGGUCAUCUAAUGAAGUACUGAAUGUAAUACAAGGUAACACAACAGUGGAUGAGCUAAUGAUGAGGCUGAUGGCUGCGAUGGAGAUCUUCAGUGCCCAGCAGCAGGAGGACAUAAAGGAUGAGGAUGAACGUGAAGCCAGAGAAAAUGUGAAAAGGGAGCAGGACGAAGCGUACCGCAUCUCACUGGAGGCUGACAGAGCGAAGAGGGAAGCGCAAGAGAGAGAAAUGGCAGAGCAGUUUCGCUUGGAACAGAUUCGGAAAGAACAGGAGGAAGAACGUGAGGCUAUCAGGCUCUCUCUCGAGCAAUCUUUGCCUCCCGAACCGAAGGAGGAGAGCACCGAGUCCGUCAGUAAACUGCGCAUUCGGACGCCCAGCGGAGAAUUCUUUGAGCGACGUUUCCUGGCCAGCAGCAAGCUGCAGGUUGUCUUUGAUUUUGUAGCUUCCAAGGGAUAUCCCUGGGAGGAGUACAAGCUGCUGGGCACCUUUCCGAGGAGAGAUGUGACCCAGCUGGAUCCAAAUAAAUCGUUACUGGAGGUAAAACUGUACCCUCAAGAAACCCUUUUCCUAGAGGCAAAAGAAUAG